ACCAGCCACUCGCCUUUUCCAAAGAAACGGAUCGACUAAAGUUACAGAAUUUUGGAGAGCAGUGGAAAACAUUUAAAACAUUUAAUUGUAUAUUGAUUUCCACCUUUUUAAAAAGUGAAAAUGUAAAAUUUGUGACUUGAAGAUAUUUGUGAUAAAAGAAAAUCGCGCAUUUGGCCCACGAACGUUUGGAAUAUGGUCUUUAGAAAACGUGAAAAUUUGCAGCGGAUAUCAAGAUUAUACAUUUGGUGCAAAUGGACGGAGAGUGAGAGAAAAACGCGAAGAAAAUACGAAUUCAAGCAAUAACAAGAAAAGUCAAAGAUAUAUCGUAUAAUUUGGUACGGACAUUUUAUAUAAAAUAAUAAAAAAAUACGGUAUACUCAAAAUCAGUCAUCAUAAUUGUUAUUGUAGCCGAUCGUCCAGCGCGACUCUUUCAAGUUCAUAUACGAGCAAAACUUUUGCAUUAAAUAUUAAAGUAAUAAAUUUUGUGUAACUUCCGGUAACUAUACGGUAAAAAUAAGUGUUUUUCAACUAAACUACCAAAGCCUCGAUUAUCAAGAUGUCAACCCCAGCUGUUGCUGAGGGUAGGGCAGUUGGGAGCGAUGCAGGAGAUAAUUAUAUAAAUUUGUCCAACAAUGUGCGAUUGGUACCAGCUGGUGGUACCAUUGCACGCAGUUCAGCUAUGUCUACCAGUACUUCCCGCCGCGGCCGCACAAAUGCGUCACGAGAACAACAAGGAACAGAUGAAACAGACGACAACUUUACUGUUAACCCACAAAAUGCGGUCAGCUCAACAUCGGGCGCAAAUGAAAACAUCCCAGACGGUGGUAAUGCUGCUUUAGCACCCGUCGAAGACUUCAAUUUACAACGAACAUUAACUCCCUUGAUGCGUAUAAAAUUAUCCGAACUAUCGACCAGCAGUAGCGACAGUGAAGGUGAUGAAAUGCAACAACAGGACCUAGGCGAGGAUGGAGCAGCUGGUAAUAAUGACGCACGGCGUGCAGUAUCACCACCACCAAAUUGCGCAAUUUGUUUGGGUCGGUGUAAAAACAAAUGCUUCACAGAUUCUUGCAUGCAUCAGUUCUGUUUCAAGUGCCUCUGUGAAUGGAGCAAAGUAAAACCAGAGUGCCCGCUUUGUAAGCAGAUAUUCAAAUCUAUAAUACAUAAUGUCAAAUCGAUUGACCAAUUUGAGGAGUAUCAUGUGCAGCCGCCCACCGUGCAAAUUCCACAUCGUCCCAUGGAGGUCACCAUACGGAGUUUGCCAUACAUUUUCGAUGCUGUCGUCGUGGAAGGGCAUGACUGGGAGUUGCCGCGUCGUCGAAAUUCGGUUCAUCGUCUCCGUCCCCCUAGCAAUGGCAUUUUUUAUCCUUCUGACGUUUCAAACAAUGGGGAACACGGUCUUGGUUCGAACGGCGCCAGGAUGUAUAAUCACCUUGUUUACCAGAAUGAACUACUCGACAUGUACCGGCAGGAAGCACCAGACGCUAUAGCAAGCAGUGGCACGCUGAGUCAACUAUGGCGCCGUUUUGUUUACGAUCGCCGUCUCUUUGCACUACCAGUUUGUGAUAUAACCGGACGAUUUCGCGAAAGUACAGCCCGGUUCUACAGGGAUAAUCCAGCACAAGUACAUCGCCUUAUGCCAUGGAUUAAUCGCGACAUUGUCUGCUUGUUACGCAACACCGAACACGAUGUUUCAACGCUAUUGGAACGCAUUAAUGAAAGCCUUCUACAGACAAACAUUUUAUCGCCUGCAUUCCGUCGUCGUCUCCAACCAUUUCUUGGAGCGAAGACUUCACAUUUCAUUCAUGAGCUUAACAAUUUUGCACGUUCACCCUACGAUAUGAUUGGUUAUGAUCGAGCUGUUCACUAUUUACCCCAAGCACCCGAGGAGAUUGUCAUAGAGUUCUCAUCGUCCGCGUCGUCGGAUGAAGAAAACACAUCAAACGACAAUGAACGGAGAACAAGAAGUCGUAAUUCUCGCGCCCGUAGCGAUGGAGAAUUUCGCGUGUUGUCACGUUCCGGCAAUUCGUCCGCAACUGGGUCAGUUGGGGCGUUGCUAUCGUUUACUGUUAGCACUACCUCAGAAGGUACCGAAGCACCUGGCGUUACAGUGUCGAUUAACGGACGUAGCGGACAAUCGGCAGCAAUUAAUCUCAGUACACAUAAUCGUGUGAGUGGCGAUAUUAUAGAUCUAGACGAUUCUGAACUAGCAUAUGAGGCGGGAACUUCACGAGCAGCAAACGACACUGGGUCGGCAACAUCCGUCGCAACGUCCACAUCAGUAACCGAUGAAACGGCUACUACCAGUGCCACAGCCAGCAGACCAAUACCCACCGUUACAGACAAUAUUGAACUUACAUCAAGUAGCAGUGAUGAAUGCGAGUUUGUAUUGGAGCGUAAACCACCGCAUCUACGUACACCCGAAUUAGUGAGUCUGAAUUCGGAAAGUGAUUCGGAUGUGGUCUUCGUUGAAGAGUCAAAACCACUGCGAAAAUCCACAUUUAUAAGUAGCGCUGACGAAGAAGAAACGGUGCGUGAAAAUGCCAAUAAGAAAUCAACAGCUCAAAAUGUUACAACAGCGACAGAAGCAGCUGCGCAUACGUCGGUCGAUCAUGAGGAACUAUACAAUAUUGGUGCUAGUACUUCAACGGGCCUACGUUCGUCCGGUGGUGGGCGCGGCGUAAAAGAAAUGUACGAGAGUUCACGUCGCAGCACAUCCUCGCGCCGUAAACGCACUUUACGCAGCAGCAGAGCUAGCAAUGAGAAUCAAGCAAAAACAUCAACCACUGUGCACAGGGGCAAACGGAUAUAUGAAAGUAGCUGCACAUCCUCAAAUUCCGACUCUACGUCCUGCACAAGUGAUAGUGACGAUGAGGAUUUCAGGGCUAAGAGAAAGCGCUCGAAAUCAAGGCGUAGCUCCAAAAAGCGGAAACCCAACCGAUCUAGGAGGAAAGUGGCGGCACAACAAAACAACAGCAGUGCCAAUAGUUGCGGUAUUAACAGUACCAGUACCAAGAAUUACCGCAAACGAGGAAACAGUUCGCACGCAAAGAAGCAGCAAAGUGAAGAUACGAAACGGUUUAAAAUGGAAGCCAAGAGUACAGGCUCUGAAUAUUCGAGCGAUGAAUGCGAAAAUUUGAUACAACUGCAGCGUCGCCUGCAAGCGCGCAAAGAACGGGAGGCGGAAAAGCAUGAUCAAACAAUUGACUACCUAAUUGAUUACGUGCGGGACAAUGAGUCGUCCGUUUCGAAUACAAACGCCAACAAUAGCAGACACCAAAUGUUGGCUGGUUCACAGCAAUUGACUGCUAUGCAAACAGGCAAUAAUUUGCACGGCAUAGAGGCUAUACUGAAAAAUGAAAAUUUCGAUAGCGAGUCACAAAAUGAGAAUAGUGUACACUCGGAUUGUGGAUUACAGCGUUUAGCUGAGGCAGCGGAAAGUUUAGAGGCCGCCCAAAAUGUAUGCAUCACAUCGACCAAUGCACGCGAAUCAGUCGCUGCUAAUAUUGCCAUCGAGGAGGAGGAUAAUACGUUUUCGUCUACGGUAACGCAAACAACGACUGCCACCACCGUUACCACAACCCCGGCCAAUAAUCGCUCAAUUUCACGUGCCUCGGCAACAACCAACAAUACAAAUGACAACGACCAGGAAAACGAAAACGAUCACCAACAUGACAAUGAAAAUGAGCAUGAAAACUGCAACGAUGAUAACGACAAUUAUAACAGUACUGACACUUCGUCAACGUCCUCAUAUUGUUCGGACACAUCGAUGUCGUCGCCAUCAUUGUAUUCAGCUUCGAGUGGUGGCGGUGGUGAGGAAGUAGAGCGCGGCGGAAAUAAUGACACUGAGGGCGAUGUGAACUCCUUGGGACUGCAACAGUUGUUGGAUGCUGCAUCAUUGACCGAUGGGUGGCUGGUACAACAGAUUAGUAAUGCCGGGGCGGAUAAUGAAAUAGAAGUGUCCACGGCACAGCAUCACGCAAAUGACGAGGAGGCGAACGAGAGCAACGAUAGGCCAGAGUUGACGCUGCAACGUGUCGACGAGGAAGCAGUCUCAUUGCCGGAUAUUGAAAAUGAUGUGAAUGGCAUAUUUUUGAAUCAGCACGAUUCGAGUCUCGUCCUGCCAUUCAACUAUGAAUCCGAGGGCAGCGAAAGCGACACGGAGUGACAAAUGCAUGAACUGUAAUGUUUGCUAAAUUUAGAUUGAUUGCAAGAGAAAUAAUUAAAAUACUUUGUUGUUAACCUGA